GAGGCCCCUGGAGAAUAAAUACGCUUAAAAGAUUACCCCUCCAUUUAUGCCAGUAAGCAUCUUAAGUAAAACUUCCUCCCCCACUAACUUGAUCGCAGAUUUCAUAUUAGUAUGAGAUGUUGUGUAUCAAGUCUUCUUCCUAAGAACAAACUACCUAGGUACUUCGUAUAAAGACCUAAAGCUAUCUCAAUCUGACACCAUAAUGCUCUACCUCGUAGGCCUAGGUCUCUCCGACGAGACGGACAUUACAGUCAAGGGUCUCGAAGUCGUCAAAAAGGCAUCGCGUGUCUACCUCGAGGCGUAUACUAGCAUCCUCCUAGUAGAUCAGUCUGUCUUGGAGAAUUACUAUGGCCGGUCCAUUGUAGUUGCGGACCGUGAGAUGGUCGAAUCAAACAGUGAAGAGAUCCUUCGCGAUGCGGAUAAAGAAGACGUCGCAUUUUUAGUAGUUGGCGAUCCUUUCGGCGCAACUACGCAUACUGACCUUGUCCUUCGAGCACGCGAGCUCUCGAUUCCCGUUCAGACGGUACCAAACGCUUCCAUUAUGUCAGGAAUAGGGGCUACGGGACUUCAGCUAUACAACUUUGGCCAGACGGUGUCUAUGGUAUUCUUCCUAGAUAAUUGGCGUCCCGCAUCAUUCUACGACCGUAUCAAGGAAAAUCGGUCCAUCGGCCUUCACACCCUUGUGUUAUUGGACAUCAAAGUAAAAGAGCAGAGCCUGGAGAACAUGGCGCGAGGAAGGAAAAUAUACGAGCCUCCUAGGUAUAUGACAGUCGGGCAGUGCGCGCAACAGAUGCUUGAAAUAGAAGAGGAGAAGAAGGAGGGCGUUUACGGACCAGACAGUCUUGCGAUCGGUGCUGCGAGGGUCGGCGGCAGAGACGAGAAGUUCGUCGCCGGGACGCUGAAGCAGCUCUGCGAUGCAGAUGAAGCUCUCGGGCCGCCAUUACAUAGCUUGGUAUUACUGGGGAAAAGAGCACACGAGCUAGAGAGAGAUUAUUCCCGCGAAUUUGCGAUAGACAAGGAAAUGUGGGAUACGAUCUGGGCUAAGGAUUAUGGAAAGCAAUGAAGAAAGUCAUUCUGAAAAUGCAAAUACCUCCGGUAUAAGUGGCCGAGGUAGGUAUCUAACCUUAGGUUAAGAGUAUCUCUCAAACGACUUACGUAUACUCAUUUAUUAAUAAAUGCAACCUCAUACCUAGAUGUCUUCGUUAUGGUAUUCCCGAUUAGUUAGUGACUUUACAUUGGCAAGUGAUGAUAUCUGAC